GGUGCUUUCACCCGGCCACAGAAAGCUUUGAUUUGAGUCUCUGAAUACUUGUUUUUGGUGUUGAGGUUGGUGAGAUUUUCACUUUUUAUUUUCCUUUCCCAAGAGAUAAAGAACAGAAGAGGAGAUGGCAGAAGAGGGACAAGUGCUCGGUUGUCACACCAUUGAAGCUUGGAACGAACAGCUUCAGAAGGGAAAUGAAUCCAAGAAACUGAUAGUUGUUGAUUUCACUGCAUCAUGGUGUGGACCAUGCCGUAUUAUGGCCCCUAUCUUGGCUGAGCUGGCCAAGAAGCUGCCUAAUGUCACUUUUCUCAAGGUGGAUGUGGAUGAACUGAAGUCCAUUGCAACAGACUGGGCAGUGGAGGCUAUGCCAACCUUCGUGUUCCUGAAAGAAGGGAAGAUAGUGGACAAGAUUGUGGGUGCAAAGAAAGAUGAGCUGCACCAGAAGGUCGCACUGCAUGCUGCUGCAUAAAAUAUUAAUUUCCCUAGUGUUUUUAGUAUAUAUUAUAAAACUGCAGUGGAUUCUAUAAAACCUGGCUUUCUAUGACUGAAAUAGUAAUGGAAGUUGUAUGGUUCAUGGUUAUAGUUACUACUCCAAGUACAAAAAUUAGAACCGUAAUGAGAUAUAUAUAUUAGCCAAAAUCGGUAAAGGUUUUGGGACCAAAA